AUGCCGCCUCGAAUAAACAUCCCACCUGUUACGCGCGUGGCUCUUGGAGCCCUGGCGAUCCAGUCUUUUCUCAGCGCCGCGAUCCGGUAUCGCCAGUGGACUGCCAAUUCGGAGAUUGUUAUCCCCUACCUCACGCUGAUUCCCCAGCUUUCCUUGAUCUACCCUUGGACAUUCGUGUCCACGACGCUCGUCGAAAGCAACGUUUUCACAUUCUCCGCCGCUGGCGCCACCCUGUACUAUGGCGGAAGGUAUCUUGAGCGAGCGUGGUCGUCGGCGGAACUAGCCAAGUUUCUCCUGGUCGCGUCGCUGGUGCCCAACGUCCUGACCUUCCUGGUCUCCAUGAUUUUCUUCACUCUGACUCGUAAUGAGAGAUGGACCCUCAUGACGAUCGCCGGCACCAUCCCCGUGCAGAUCGCCUUCCUCGUCGCCUUCAGCCAGCUCGUACCAGCGCACACCGUAACCCUCUUCCGCGGCAUCCUGUCUCUGCGCGUCCCGCGCUUUCCCCUUAUCUACAUCGGAAUCAUCACCCUCCUCUCCAUGACGCUGAUGUCCGUCGCAUCCUUUCUCCUCGCCAUUUUCGGCUUCCUCAUCAGCUGGACAUAUCUCCGAUUCUACAAGACCGUCUUCCCCGACCUCGAUGCAUCCCAGUCUGCAGGGCCUCCGCGGCGACGCCAGCGAGACGUUCGCCUUUUCCGAGUUCUUCCCCGGCCCCGCGAAGCCUUCGUGGCCGCCGCCGCGAACCAGAUCUUUGAGGUCCUCGUCGCCAUGCGCGUUUGCACGCCCUUCUCCCAAGACAGCGUUUCCGCCGCUCCGGGGGGGGAGGCAGCGGCCGGUUUCAUCCAGCGGGGGGGGAACCCGGGGGCGCCCGUCCGGAGGCUGAAAGGAGGGGGCCCCCGGGCCCCCAAGAAGCUCGAACCAGGGGCUUCUACCCCGGGACCCGCGGGCGGGGGGGCCCCAUCAAGCCCACCCUCCCUCCCUCCAUGCGGCGGCGGGAGCGCCUCCUGGCCAGCCGACCGGGCCCACAGUACAGAAGCCGCCGCAGCCUAA